AUGUACUAUAUCAAAGGCAGUCCUGGUAAUGACAUCUUCUUGUCUUUAGAUAGCUCCCUUCAGCUAUCCGCCUUCUGUGACUUUGAUUGGGUCGUUUGUCCACUCACUCGUCAAUCGACUACAGGCUACUUCAUCAAGUUAGGAAAUUCUCUGAUCUCUUGGAAUGCCAAGAAACAACCUACCGUUGCUCGUUCCUCCGCCGAGGAUGAAUACCAUGUUAUGGCCGUAGCUGCAUGUGAAUUAUCUUGGCGAGAAGUUAUUGUCACUUCGUCAGUCUUGAUAUGUGAGUUGGCAAAGGUAAUUCUUGGAUUGAUAUGUGCUAUAGUUCUCAUGGCAAUGAGUAGUUUGAAGCGGUACUUUCGUGAAUGGACUUUGGUGGGUUCAUUGACUGCUUCUGUUCCUGCAGCAAUUUACGCUUUGCAAAACAGUUUGCUGCAGAUAUCUUAUAUUCCAGUCUUAAGCAAUGCUCUGGGUGGAAUUCUUGUUGGCCUGGUUACAAGCUAUGCUGGUGGUGUUAGAAAGGGGUUUGUCAUUGUUUCAGCACUUCUCGUGACAGCAUUAUUUCAGUUCAUUUUUGAAGGGGAACCGCCUUCAUUGUAUUGCAUCCUUGCUCUUCCGCUUGUUAUCAGCAGCAUUUCAAUAUACCAGAAAUAUCCAUAUCAACUUAAGAAAAAGGAAUCUUAAAAAACGUGACAGUCUAAGGUGGGAGGUAUUAUGAUAGCCCAGCUAAUAGACAUUUCAUCCAGUUUCACAAAUUUUAUGUAGUCGGGGUAAGAGAGUAACCAGAAAUUCUAGAAAUGUACUCACCCCUAAUUGUAGGUUGUCUAGAAGUCACAUUACAUCUUGCAUUCAUUGAGACGCGAAUUUGAUAUUUGUUCUGGCAAUAACAAAUAGGAUAAACUAAGGGCAUUUCAUGUAGUCUCAUGCUCUUUGUGUAAUGUUUUUCUUAUUUUGAAUAAAGCUCCUUAUGCAGUGGUUAUUGGUA